AUUAAGCGAAAGCUUCUGCCAUUCCUUCCAAGACCAUUUAAAACAGUUUCGGCGCUGAUUUGAUACACAACGUCACGUUAAAAGUAGUCGGAAACCUGCCAUCCAGUCUUACUACGUGUAACACUUCUGAUGGCUUGAUUAACAGAAAUGUCGUUCCGAUCAAUUGUGCCUCCGCCCGACUUUUUAUCAAAAGCCGAGUUCAACAGACCUUGUGGUCGGUCACCAAAUAAAAUCUCUACUCUGCUAACUAAUGUGCAGCGAAGAAAUGUUCAAACACUUGCUCCAACAGAAUCUAAAGACCUAACAUUUUUUCAAAUGGCUGCUCAGGGUGAGCUGUUGUUGCUUCAAAGGGAAAUAGAAAGUCGAAACUUCAAUAUAGAUGUCCCAGAUAACCAGGGAUUUACUCCGCUGUUAUGGGCUUGUGCUAAUGGACAGAAAGCUGCAGUGGAGUUACUCGUUUUCUAUGGUGCAAAUAUCAUUCUAUCUGGAGAUAACGGAGAAACAGGACUGCUCCUAGCUGCUAGCCGCGGUCACUUUGAUGUGGUUCUUUACUUGCUCAAGGCUGGAUGCCCAGUAGACCUGUCCGACGAACUGUGCAACACUGCGUUAAUGUUUGCAGCCUAUAACAAUAACGCCGCAAUCGUGUCUCUGUUACUCGAUUGGGGUGCUGAUAUUACUUCUAUAAAUGCAGAUGGGUGGACAGCACUGGAUUUUGCUAUACGACGAGGCUCACGUGCUAGCCAACGUAUAAUUGAGAAGCAUAUUUUGUCUCUGUUGCAAACUCAUUAGUUUUUCAAACCAAAUCGAUCGGAAAGUUUUUUCCAUGUUGGGAUGUAUUUAUGUGGUUUUUUAUUUGUCAUUACUUAAGCUCGAUAAUUUUCGGACAUUUUCACAUGCAUUGUAAAAUUGUCUCAACGUGUAUGUAUAGAUAAAUGUAAAUUAAUAACUUUUGUUAACCCACGU